GCAAACAGCGCGUAUCCCGCCCAAGCAGAAAACCCCGAAAGAAAAAACAAGCGUACGGAGGCGGGGUUUAGGCUGUGUCAGCCAAUCACGGCAGAACGCUCACCGGGGCAGUUCAAUUCAAAUUUAAACGGUCGAGGACGAAGAUAGUGGAGCAACCCCGCGAACACGGAGCCUGUUUUUACGCCUACAGCAGAGCAUGUCCCGCCUGCCGGUGAUGUCAGCCAAGAGGGUUCUCGCGAGCAGCAGCUCAGAGAACGCCCAGGACUCGGCACCUGCACAGAAGAGAAUCCGUAAGGAUGCAGAUGUGUUUAAGCCAGCAGUCACGGUCAUCGGCACCAAGCGUCCUGUCGCAGCACCCCGAGCACCUCUCUCAAAGCCGCUCAGAGCUGCAGGAGCUGCUACUGUAGCUGCGGCUCCGUCUAGAGGUGUCAUUAAGCCGUCUGUAGCUUCAGCUGCAGCAAAGGGAGGCAUGAAGCAGUCUGUUGUUUCGAUGGGCACAAAAACAGGUGGGACCGGGGCUCCCAAACGUAACCCUUGGGACCUGAAGGGCAAGGUCAGCGACAUGGAGGAUAAGAUCCGAAACUACCAGGCAAAAGUGAAAUCCUUAAAUCAGGAAAACGAGGUUCUGAAAGACUCAAUGAGCCAGAGCCAGACAAAAAUGGUGGAUAUGGAGACGGAGCUUCAGAAGCAGAGGACCAAGAUCAGAGAGUAUGAGAAGCAGCUGCAGGUGCUUGCAGGCGUCCAGGAGGAGCUGGAGAAAGUCCUGAGUGAUAAGAACUUUCUUCAGAAGGAGCUCUCCAACUUGGAGGGAAAAUAUAAAGUGAUGGAGACUCUCCGAGACAGCCAAGAGACGGAGCUGCAGACUCUAAAGAUGAAGCUGUCUGUGCAGGAGUCGACUCUGGCCCGUCUGCAGGCAAACCUCCGGGACACCGAGGAGGAGGUCCGGUCUCUUAAAGACACUGUGGCCCAGCAGAAGGAUGAACUUUACGCUGGAGAGAUGGAGCGCAGACGCCUCCACAACACCAUCCAGGAACUGAAGGGUAAUAUCAGAGUGUUCUGCAGAGUGCGCCCCCUGGUGGGAGAAGGCCUUCCCAAACACAUACAACUCACUGCAAGUGACAAUAAAGCAAUAACACUGGCCAAAACAGAGGAGUCUCACACAGGCAAAACCGCCGACACCCAAAAGAACUAUAACUUCAGCUUCGACCGUGUGUUUGGUCCUCAGUGUUCCCAGCAGGAGGUCUUCGAGGAGAUCUCCCUCCUGGUGCAGUCCGCACUGGAUGGCUAUAACGUCUGCUGCUUCGCUUACGGGCAGACCGGGAGCGGAAAGACGUACACGAUGGAGGGAGACGAGUUUGACGAGACCAGAGGCGUCAUUCCCAGAGCUGUGCAGCAGGUCUUUAAAGCUGCAGGAAAACUGGGGGAACAAGGCUGGGAGUUCACCUUCACAGCGAGCUUUGUUGAAAUUUAUAACGAGACUCUGAGGGACCUUCUUUACACCGGCAAGGCCAACAAGAGACCCGAGCACGAGAUCCGCAAGACGGCCACCAACGAAGUGACGAUCACCAACCUGACCUACGAGCGGGUCACCAACGAGGAUCAGGUUCUCGGUCUGAUCGCUCUGGCCAAUCAGAAUCGCUCCACUGCGCAGACAGCCCAGAAUGACCGCUCGUCUCGCUCCCACUCAGUCUUCCAACUGGAUAUCGAGGGUGUGAAUGCCGGCAGGGAUGUCAAGUGCAAAUCCACUCUGUGCCUGGUGGACUUGGCUGGCAGUGAGCGAAUGGUGAAGAGUCAGUCUCAGGGCGACCGCUUCAAAGAGAUGACCGCCAUCAACGGCUCGCUGUCCAACCUCGGCAUCGUCAUCGCUGCUCUGGCCAAUAAGGAGAGUUACGUUCCCUAUAGGAACUCGAAGCUCACCUACCUCCUGCAGGGAUGCUUAGGAGGAAACAGCAAAACCUUGAUGUUUGUGAACAUCGCCCCGGAGCCCGUCAGCUUUGGGGAAACUCUGAACUCCUUGAGGUUUGCUAGCAAGGUGAACGACUGCGUCAUCGGGACGGCGACUGCCAACAAAAAGUAGAACCACUGUUUGUGUUUUAUUCAUCUGCAUUUUAACUUUUACUCAUUUUUAGUUUUUACUUUUUUUUCAUAUCAGAAGGAUAAAACUAACAAUGUGCAUUGAAAUGAAAUGUUUAACAUGUACACUAUGACACAUAUUUACCAAAUAAAACCAAGUUUAAAAAUC